AUGAGUGACGAUGAGGAGCCGGUGUCGGGCAACAAGCCUUUACGCUUGCCAAAGAAAGCUGCGAAAGUCAAGAAUAAGGCCCCAGCACAGCUUCAAAUCACCGCUGAACAACUUCUUCGCGAAGCCAAAGAGCGUGAAUUGGAGUUGAUUCCUUUGCCUCCUAAGACAAAAAUCACUGAUCCUGACGAGUUAGCUGAGUUUCAACGAAAGAAGAGGAAGGAGUUUGAGGAUGGAAUUCGUAAAAAUAGAAUGCAGAUCGCAAACUGGAUCAAAUACGGGAAAUGGGAAGAGUCCAUCGGUGAAAUUCAGCGUUCACGGUCGGUAUUCGAACGGGCUCUCGAUGUUGACCAUCGUUCGAUCACCAUUUGGUUACAGUACGCUGAAAUGGAAAUGAGAAGUAAGCAGAUCAAUCAUGCGCGGAAUAUCUUCGAUCGUGCUGUUACCAUACUUCCGCGAUGUAUGCAAUUUUGGCUGAAAUACUCCUACAUGGAAGAAGUGAUUGAGAACGUCCCGGGUGCAAGACAGAUUUAUGAACGAUGGAUGGAGUGGGAACCUGAUGAGCAAGCAUGGCAAACAUAUAUCAACUUCGAAUUAAGAUAUAAAGAAGUUGACCGAGCACGGGCCAUAUACCAGCGGUUCUUACAUGUCCAUGGAACAAAUGUCAAUAAUUGGAUCAAGUAUGCGCGAUUCGAGGAGAAACAUGGUUAUAUGUGGGCAACGCAAGCGAGUGGUCUACGAGCGCGGAAUGGAGUAUUUUGGAGAGGACAACAUCAACGAAAAGCUCCUCGUGGCUUU